AUCUCCAUUUCCCCAAAUCCCAGCCAUCCGAAUCCCCAGAGCAAUCGCAACUAGUACAAGCCAUGGCUCCGAGCAAGCCGUCCCUCCCCGCGCCCUCCGACGCCGGUGGCCGCGCUGCCAGCCGCGGGGAGGCCUCCUCGUCGUCGUCCCCGCCGCCGCCGCCGCAGCAGCAGAGGCGCGCGAUUCAGCCCAUGCCGCCGCCACCGCAGCAGCAACAGCAGCAGGGGCACGAGAUUCAGCCCGUGUGGAUGUGGGUGUGGCAGCCGACCCCGCCGCUUCCCUUCGAGUUCGGGGUACCGGCGACGUGGCCGAUCCCGCCGCUGCACCCGCAGUUUGGGUCGCAGCAGCACCCCUACUACUUGCCGCUGGGCCCAACGGUGUGGGGGCCGACCUCCGACACCAGCCAGUACCUGGACGCCAUGGUUGCGCAGCAGAUGUCCGCGGCGCCUACCUGGCCGCAGCAGCCCCAAUUCGUGGAGCAUCCGCCGUGGCACGGGCCACUGCCGCCGCAGCCAGUGCCACCGAUUUACUACCAAGACUGGAGGCUGGUGCAGAUCCGAUCGGAGUUGCUCAGUUCCCCGAUGACGCUUGAUCGGCUGGUGAUGUCCCUGGACGAGGAGCACUCGGCAAUCCUGCUCCACCAGCUCGAGGUGGGCGACGAGCAGAUGCGCGAGAUGGUGCUCGACAGGUUCAAGCAGUGCGCGCACUGGAUCAUGGGGAACAGGCAGGGGCAUGCGGUGUUCGAAGCGCUCCUGCGCAGCAUCCAGGUCAUCGUAGACGAGGACAGGCGGCGCGAGGAGCUCGAGAUCAUCGUGGAAGCCGCCGUCACGCCAGAGCUCGUCGGGAGGUCCAAGCACGGGGUGACUUCUCUGAGGCUGCUCAUCACGGCUGUGGCGUGGAACCCCGGCCUUUCCACCGCGCUCGUCAACUACUUCUUGCGUGAUCGCGUGAUGGACAACGUCGGAGGGAACGAGCUGAUUGCCCACUGUUUCCUCAGCAUGGAUUACGAGGCGACCAGGGCUCUGGUCAGGGACGCCAUGGACACCAUCGAUGACAAGCUGGACUCCCCGCUCGGCCGGUUGGCGUGCUUGCGUACAUGCUUCCGGUACGCGGGAGGCGAGGAGCUCCCUCUUUUCCAGGAUGCACUCGUUGAGCGAGCCGUACGAAUGGCCAUGGGACCAAACAGCAACCGCCUGGUGCAGCAGCUCCUCGACCGCGACGACAUGGACAGGAUUGAGUUCAGGCGGCGGCUCCUGUCCAGGCUCAUGCAGCACGUCGUUAGCCUGUCCAACCACUGGUACGGGAGGUUCGUCCUGCGGCGCUGCUUCAUGAGCGAGGACAAGGAACUGCAGCCCAUCGUGCUCACGGCUUGUGCUGACCUGCCCCAAGGAGACGUCCAAGCGCUGGUGCAGAUCCUGCCCCUCGACAAGGUGCUCCAGGGAGGCAAUGACUACCCGGUGACGGCGAGGAGGUUGGCGCUCAAGAUUCAAGCACUGCCUCCACAUAUCCGGGAACACGAUAAGUUGCAGCCGUUGAUGUCGGCCGUCACGAGGGUCCUCGCCGAUAACCUGGCCAACUUGGGCGACUAGCUUCUCUUGAUCAAUUAGCCUCUACAUAUGUGUUGUCGUUGCGCCAUGCUUGGAGUUGUUUUCGAUCGAUUGGAUAGAUGUGUGCAUGCAUCAUAACUUGCACAUAUGCAUGGUGAUGGUUGUGGGUCUGGAGCUGGCUAGCUGUCUCGGAUGGUUGCAUUCUUAGAUCACCAUGCAUGCAUGUAACUGAUAUGAUAUGGCAUGUUGCUGGAACUUUUGCCAU